GUACUUACUCUGUUUGUAAGCAGUGUUACUUGAAACUGAAAAAUGAGACUUUAAAUUAGGAUUAUCUUUCAAACCUCUCUGAAGUAAAUGUCUGUGAACGGACUAUACCGGGGAGAGUACUUGACAUCAUUUGAACAUGCUUUUCAACAACAGAUGAAGACUUUGUGCUUGAAUGAUUUCCCUUGUGGGACUGGCAGCUGGAACAGGCCCAGGAGCCCAACACAGGGGGCCAGAAGCAGCAAGCUACUGAGAUACCAUGGAGAGGAGGAAGAGGAGCAGGACAGAGAUGUACACGAGGAAGACCAGCGGGCACUGAGGGAAUAUCUAACGGAUAAGCAUUCACCUUGGAAUGGUGAGGACCUGAGCCCGGAGAAUCAGCAUCUGAGGGAAAUGGCAAUCUCUUCGCCAUCACUCGUGAAUUUAAACUUCUUUUGCUCUAACUUAAAAGCCUUAAGACUUGUGAAUAAACAGAUCACUGAGGUUGACAAGGACUUGUUGAAAUUUCAGAAUCUGGAAGAACUUACACUAAGUGCGAAUAGGAUCUCUACAUUAAACUCAGCCAAUCUUCCAAGAAAGCUGAAGAUUCUAGAGCUCUGCACCAAUGAGAUUUCCUCUCUAAAUGAUCUGGUCGUCAGCCCACCUCCUGGGUUACAACACCUGGGGCUGUCAUACAACAAGCUUUCGCUUGACUCCGAGUACAAGUUCCUCUCAGGCGAAUUCUGGCCCAAUCUAAUAUCGCUUGACUUGAGUUUUAAUGACUUUGAGAAUUUGCUGAAUAUAGUGGCUCACCUUACUUUGCUGCCAAAACUGAAAAACCUUAUUCUCCUGGGAAAUCCAAUUGCCCUUCUUCCCAAUUACCGGGGUUAUAUCAUUGACACAUUGAAGAACCUUACUGCCCUGGAUGAUGCGUUGAUAACCACAGAUGAAAGACAUAUUUUUAAGCACUUGUCAAAAUAUGAAGAAUUUACAGUUAAUCUUACUCGGGCAACAAUAAGUGUAGGAAAUGUAACGGGCAUUCCCAAUCCCAUUGAUCCCCUGGAGGAGUUGCCAGAAUUCCCAAUUAUCACCAGGAAUUACUUUGUAACCUAUGACUUUCUUGAAGAUUCACGAGGUUUUGAGAUAAGUACUGAGACAACACAAGAUAAAAAGCAAAGUGAAAACUCCUCCAGUGAAAUGGCUGAUGAGACUGGUAAAGUUUCCACAUCAGCAGCUCCUGACCCUGUCACCAGCCCUCUCCCAACAGCACAGGACCAGUCUCAAGAAGUGCUUACUCACAAGGUACCUCUAAAGCCCUGGGCAGAUCCAAUUGUGUACAACUAUACCAAGGAUUUCAGUGUGGCUAAUCUGUACGCACUGAAGAAAUUGCUCCAAAAUGGUCUGACAAUAAAUGUCAUCGAAGAAAAGAUCCUUUCAUGGCCAGUCAAGACAUUGGAAACUUCGGAAGCUCCCACGAAAGAGAAAGGGAAAGGACAAGAGUCUGCAAAGGGAGGUAAAAAUAGCUCCAAGGAAAAGACCAAAGACAGUGCCAAGGACAAGAAGGGCAAAGACAGUGCCAAGGACAAGAAGACCAAAGACAGUGCCAAGGACAAGAAGACCAAAGACAGUGCCAAGGACAAAAAGAAGCAGCCUUCUACAUUUCAAAGCGAUGCACCCAUUGAGCGAAUCCUGGGGACGUGCCAUGUCGAUCUGUCCUCCAUUCUGAUGGGAAACCAUUUGCUUGAGAUGGUCUGUGAUUUAGGAAUUCCUGAAAAUGAACCAAAGCCAAAGCCACCAACUCCAGAUAUUAAGUUUGCAGCGGGGACUGUGAAAACACAGCUGAGCGGAAUCAUUAACCGGAAUGCUGUCCUAGCUAGGUCCUCUCAGAAUGCCUUUGCAGAAGAAAAGAAGAACACUAUACCUUGCUCUGACUGCAUCUGUGUUUUUGCUGGUUCUGAAGUGGCAAAGUGGAAUUGUCACAAUUGACAAGGAUAAGGAAAGGACUCGUCGUGUCGUGGUCCCUACAGUUACUGUUAACGCCACCGAGACAACCCCGUGCUUACCAAAUACAGCAUACUUCAACAAGUCUACAAUACUACCCAAGGUAUACCAGAAC